UUUCGUAAACGGCUGGCGGCUGAAGAGAGAGACACCCGCCCAACGAUCCUUCCUUUUUGAUUCUCUUCUUCACUCUAAUAUUCUCCCCCACUUCCUUCUUCAAUCGAAAAUUAUCGAAAAUCAGAAAUCAGAAAUGGCUUUCUUCCUCACAAGAAUCCCAAAGUACGUUCUGCUCUGUUCUUUCUUCUGUCUAUUACACCUUUUCUUUUCAUCUUCCUCUGCAAUUAGCGUAAAUAUCUCACAGGGUCAAACAAUUAAAGAUGGAGAAACCCUAAUCUCAUCAGACGAGAAAUUCGUUCUUGGUUUCUUCAGCCCUGAAAACUCAACUUCCCGUUACGCCGGAAUUUGGUAUAAUAAAAUCGCUGUUAAAACAUCCGUUUGGGUAGCAAACAGAGACAGACCCAUUGAAGGAAAAUCUGGUUCUUUAACCCUAACGGAAAAUGGAAAUCUGAUUGUUUUAAAUGGUAAUGGGUCUAGAGUCAUGUUCACAAAUCAUUCGGGUUCAACUUCGGGUAACUUCACAGCUACUCUAAUGGAUACUGGAAACCUACAGAUUUCAAAUUCUGGACAAGUAAUAUGGCAAAGCUUUAAUCAUCCAACAGAUACUUUUUUACCUGAAAUGAGGGUUUACCCUCGACCCGGUGGAGAGAGUAAGCUUUUCACUUCAUGGAGAACCGCAACCGAUCCAUCACCGGGUCAAUAUUCAAUGGGUAUGGAUACUAGGGCUUCUCCUCAGAUUGUGAUAUGGAAUGGAUUGAAUCGGCGAUGGAGAAGUGGGCAUUGGAAUGGGGUUCAAUUCUCAGGUGUCCCAGUUUCAACUAAUUUUCUAUAUGGGUUUGAUUACUUAAGGGAUCAGAACAACAAUUGGUAUUUAUCAUAUAAUGAACCAGAAGGUUCUGGGAUGUUUAGGUUUCUUGUUAGUUUUGAUGGCAUUGGGAAAAAAUUGGAGUGGAAUGAAACAGGGGAUGUUUGGGAUGCGAUUCAAUUACAGCCUGCUACUGAAUGUGAUGUUUAUAACAAAUGUGGUGUUUCUGGAAUCUGCAAAUUGAAUGAAAAUUCAAUCUGUAACUGUUUACAUGGGUUUGUGCCGAAAAAUGAUGAAGAGUGGAGAAGUGGGAAUUGGUCUGGUGGGUGUUUGAGAAACAAGGGUUUGGAAUGUGGGUUAACUACCAACAACAACAAUGGUAGCAGUAAUGGAAGUCAAGAUGGGUUUAAUAAGGUUGAAAGGGUGAAACUGCCGGAUUUUGCAGAUAGGAUUGAUGUUAUGAAUAUAAACGAAUGUCGAACCAGAUGUUCUAACAAUUGCUCGUGUCAUGCCUAUGCUUUCGAUAGUGGAAUCAAUUGUUUGUUUUGGGGAGGUGAUGAUUUGUUUGACAUUCAACAGUUUGAAGAUGGGGGAAAUGAUUUGUAUGUUCGUUUGGCUAUCUCUGAAUUAGCAGGUAAAAAAACAAGAUUUUCCAUCUAUUUGAUCAUAGCAAUAGUUGUGGGGGGAUCAUUUUUCGUUUUAUUCGCUCUAUGGAUGAUUUGGAGGAUAAGAUUGAGACGAAAAAGACGAAAGAAUAAUGUGUUGCCCGUUGUUGAUGGUAAAACUACGGGGCAGACAUUGACCGAAAAUGUGACGGAUGACCAAAAAACCGGACCAGAGGUGUCAAUAUUCAGUUUCAACGUGGUGGCAGUUGCAACCGACAACUUCUCUGAAGAUAACAAGCUUGGACAAGGCGGUUUCGGCCAUGUCUACAAGGGAAAGCUAACAAACGGAGAAGAAGUGGCGGUUAAGAGGCUAUCGGCAAAGUCAGGACAAGGACUCGAGGAGUUCACAAAUGAAGUAAUGCUCAUCGCCAAGUUACAACACAUAAACCUCGUAAGACUCUUGGGGUGGUGUACUGAAGGUGGCGAAAGGAUCUUGCUUUACGAGUACAUGCCUAACAAAAGCUUGGACAAAUUCCUUUUUGAUCCAACGAUGAAUGUGCAGUUAGACUGGAAGAAACGACACACAAUCAUUCAAGGGAUCGCGAGAGGUCUCAUUUAUCUCCAUAGAGAUUCCAGAUUGAGGAUCAUUCAUAGAGAUCUUAAAGCUAGUAACAUCUUGUUAGACGAAGAGAUGAAUCCGAAAAUAUCUGAUUUCGGGAUGGCCACGAUAUUUGGAAGAAAAGAGAACGAAGCUAGCACCAGCCGUGUGGUUGGCACCUUUGGAUAUAUGCCUCCGGAGUAUGCAAUGGAAGGACUAUUCUCAGUUAAAUCUGACGUAUACAGCUUCGGAGUUUUAUUGCUCGAGAUUGUGAGUGGUCGGAGAAACAGCAGCUUUCGCAAGCCCGAAUGUUCCAACAUAAUCCAAUACGCAUGGGAUUUAUGGGACAAUGGGAGAGCGAUGGAAAUGAUUGAUCCAACUAUAUCGGGCUCUUGUUCGGAGAAGGAAGUAUUGAGAUGCAUACAUGUGGCAAUGUUGUGCGUGCAGGAUACAGCUGAUUACAGGCCGACAAUGCCUUCCGUGUUGCAAAUGCUAGAGACGGAAGCAGUAACCAUGCCGGUUCCGAGAGAACCGGCAUUCAGUUCAACAAGGAGAUCAAGAGACAUCGAUUCCGGGAAGGAAAGCCAAGAAAAGUUUUCUGUAAAUGAUAUUACAAUUACUUUAGUAGGUGGUAGAUGAGUUCAAAUAUCAUUCUAUUUUGUAAAAUUAUUGAUUCCUUUCCAUUUUUUCUGUCAAUAUAUUUGUAGUUUUUUUU